UGUUGUUGUUUUCACUGCGGAUUCUCUAGCAGGAAGCGUCAAACGCUAUCUUUUUUGAAUGACUUUACACAGAGCUCCUGCGAUCUUGAUUUGGAAGGAAAACAUGAUCGACACAGGAUAGCUUUGAUUCAUGUAUCGGAAGUACUAUUUAGUAGAGGUGGUAAUCCUGCUCCUUCUGUCCCAUGGCGGCUGGAACGGACCCUCCGUUACUUUACUCUCAUGUACUUCUGAAUCCUCAAAACUCGUUCGAGAUGUCGUCCAGAAGCGAUUUCUUUCAGUUGUGGAACGAUACAGAGUUUCCUUACCCCUUGAAUGUCCCUUACAUCCUAGACGAGAUAUGUUUUGGUGGUUACAGACUGAGCUGGAAGCAACAAAAAUCGAAGGAGAAGAGACUUGGAACUGUCCCGUGUGUGGACAGAAAUUUCGCUGCGAAAACACAUUCGCAACACAUUGGGACUCCUCUCACUCCAGAAGCAUGGGAAUGGCGGAAGAGACAGUGUGCCUUGAUGACUACUGUGAUGUCUUCAGAUGUGAUGUACUCAAAAGACGAGUCCUGAGACAAAGACAAGAAGAUGAAGAUAGUAUAAAGAAGAUCUCGUCUUUUCAGCCCUCUUCCCUCAACCUGUACUCCUUAUCAAUCUUCAAAAACGAGCAUGCGCAUUCCAAGCUUAGUGAAGACGAUGAAGAAGUCAAGAAAAUGAAAAAACUCUGCAAAUCUGAUGAGAUGAAAAGGAGACAUACUAAAUGCAGGUCUCUUGUUCGCCAGUGUACAAUUGGAAUGUUAGCUAACUUGUCAUCUAAAGACUUUCAAGAUAUUGAAGAUGAUUUGGAUCAGUCCAUCUGCUCCUUUCUCACUUGUGAUAAAUACUGGGAUGAUUUUGAUACGCAAGUUCAUCAAGUACCAAUAUUAGUAACUACUAUUUUUGGAUUAAUCAUUACCAGCAUAUUUUGCCUCUGCUAUUACGGAAUCUGGGUCUUAAUGGAGUAGGUUUCUUUGCUAGUUUGAAUAAUUACGCUUUUUUUUCGGCAAAUUUCAAUUUAGUCAAAUAUUUUAAAAAACUAACUAGUUUUAUUCUUACAAAGCACUGAAAUUACUGUACGAGUUUUUAGGGCUUAUUA